AUGGACGACAGUCGCCAUCCAAGCGACGUCACGUACGUCCUGCAUAACUCCACGCUGUACCUCCUACUCUACGCAGUAGUUCAGCUGGGCCAGUACCUCCUGAAGAUCCUGUGGACCAACAAGCUAGUUAAGACUUCCUUCCUAAAGUACCACCGGAAAAUUAAAAAGUCCUACUGCCAGUACACCAAGUCACCAGAGUACCAGGACAUUACGAACCAGAUAGAAAAUGUACAAAAAAAAAUAAAAAAAUACAAAAAACUGAUUGAGGCAAAUAAAAAAUCAAACAAAAAUAUGAACGAAUAUGACCUGUUAAUAUUAAAUGGAAAGUAUACGAGGAAGAUUUUAAAAGAAGAGAAAAAUAUGAACGACUUGAAAAAUUUACUAGAGCAGGAAAACGAAGACGAUUAUUUGUUCCACACGUGUGAUGUUAUUUCAUCGUUGGUCACCUCCACCAGUGCAUUUGUCAAUAUCGUCCGAACACAGAUAACGGUCGCCCUGCUGUUCCUCUCCCUAAAGUACCUCUCCCGCAAAAACGCGCAGAUGCCCUACGUGCCAGCCGAGACCGACCUAUGGUUCGGAGAGCACUUCAGGAUCGUCUCCACAGAACCGUGCGCCCAAAACCUGGUCAAUUUGCUCUACGGAUACAACACCGCCCACCUGGUGUUCCUCACACUGCGGCAAAACCUCUCCAGUUUGUUCGUCAAAUCAGAGGCAAAGUUGAAAACGGCUUAA